AAUUUUAACAUGAAAUGUGUAUUUAUAAUCAGUCAAUUCUGAUUCUUCAAUAAUCGUCUUUGUUUUGAUGUGCCUAUUUGUAGAGUAUUGCAAAGCUUGUUUUCCAAGUCAUGGACGUGCAUUCCAUUUCUUUUCUUGUUACGGGAGAGCAACUAUGGACAUUCCGUCUCACACUUGGCGCCUUAUAACGGUUCACUCAAUAAGUCGACCCUCUGCGCAUCUAGUCAGAGUACGACUGGGCACAUUUGCUGGUUCUCGCUUGGCAUCUACCAUCAAGUGUUUUGCUUGAUUUGCGCCACGUUUUGAACCGGCUGGACAGAUCUAAAGGUAAAGUGUUUUUGUAGCAGGCCGAUUGUGCGCUACGCUUGUGAAAAUGGUGCUGGAACUCGAUGAUUUUCGUGAUGAUAUAGGUGGAUCUGCCGAAAGGAUUCGCAAAAACCAAGCAAAUCGCUUUAAAGACGUCGGACUCGUCGACAAGGUCGUUGAGCUUCACAACGAAUGGCGACAACAACGGUUUAUCCUCGACGAAUGGAAUCGAUUGAGAAACACAUGCUCAAAGGCGAUCGGGGAAAAAAAAAAGAAAAAGGAGCCUGAAGGCGAAGCAUGCAUUUCCGGCGAUUUCGCAUUUAGCCACGAACUCCAGGCGGACACCAUUCGUUCACUUACUGUCAACCAGAUAAAAUCCCUGGUCGGAAAGGUGGCAGACGCCAUUGAAAAGACAAAUAAGCGUUUGGUCGAGCUGGAAGAAGAACGCAAUGAGAAUCUUCGUGAGGUCGCCAAUUGGCUUGGCGAAGGAGUCGUUAUUUCAGACAAUGAGGACAACAAUGAAGUCAUCAGAACGUAUGGAAAUUGUACAGUAACGAAGAAAUACUCGCACGUUGACCUAAUCGUUAUGAUUGAUGGAAUGGACGGUGAACGAGGAACUGUUGUUGCUGGCGGCCGUGGAUAUUUCUUAAAAGGUCCAGCUGUCUUCCUCGAACAAGCACUACUUCAGUUGGCUCUCCAGACACUUCUCAAGAAGGGAUACACGCCUUUGUAUACGCCAUUCUUCAUGAGAAAAGCUGUUAUGCAACAGGUGGCUCAGCUUUCGCAAUUUGAUGAAGAAUUGUAUAAAGUGAUCGGCAAAGGCAGUGAAAAGGCUGACGAGAAAGAACUGGACGAGAAAUACCUUAUAGCGACCUCUGAGCAGCCAAUAUGUGCCUUCCACCGGGACGAAUGGCUUGCUCCACAGGACCUACCGAUUAAGUACGCCGGGUUGUCUACCUGUUUCCGUCAAGAAGUCGGCUCCCACGGAAGAGAUACAAGCGGCAUCUUCCGAGUUCAUCAAUUUGAAAAGGUUGAACAAUUCGUUAUUACCUCACCGAAUGAUGGUGAAUCGUGGAAAGCAUUCGAUGAGAUGAUUGGCAACGCUGAAGGCUUUUGCCAAGCCUUGAACCUGCCGUACCGCAUAGUAAAUAUAGUGUCAGGUGCGCUUAACAAUGCCGCGGCCAAAAAAUUCGAUCUUGAAGCGUGGUUCCCAGCCAGUGGAGCCUUCCGAGAGCUCGUAUCGUGCUCAAACUGUUUGGACUAUCAGUCAAGGCGCUUACUAAUACGUUAUGGGCAGACGAAGAAAAUGAACGAGAAGGCACAGUACGUACAUAUGCUGAAUGCGACGAUGUGCGCAACAACUCGCGUGAUUUGCUGUAUACUUGAAAAUUACCAAGAGGAGGAUGGUAUUCGAGUGCCUGAGGUUCUUCGGUCAUGGAUGCCUGAACAAUACUGCCAGAAGAUUCCUUUCGUAAAGCCGGCACCAAUCGAAGAGGAGGCAAAGAAAAAGGCAAAGAAGUAACCCUGGGACCCCAUUAAGGAUGCUAAUGAUUACAUCUUUAGUUUUGCUUCCGUAUUAUCAAAUUAUUUUUACUGUAUGACAGCAAGCGAGAAUGCAUAGUGGGAGGAGG